AUGAGUGUGUUAUUUGCUUAUGUGAAGAGAUGUUACAAAUGUCAAUGGGGCAAAACCUACAUCAUGAAGUCAGAAAAAGGAGAAUUCACAGGUGAAAGUGCUCCAUUGUGGAAGAACGUAUCACCUGCUGCGUUUUUGGUGUAAUGCAUAAUGUCAAUGUUAAUGAUCGCAGGAGUUAUUGUGGCAUAUGUAAUUGAAAUUAAUGGAUUGGAUGAUAAUUGCACAGUCUCAUAUAAGCCAUGGAUCAUAGGUCAAUUGAUUGCAGUGUUUUUUUCGGGGAUUCUAGAUUUCUACAUUUAUCGAGUGAAGUAUGCUUCAGAUGAUAGAUGGUUUCGAUUGAUAGUGGUUAUUCUAUGUUAAAUAGCUUUGUUGGUUUCCAUAGGGGGGAUAUCCUUUUUUUAGGGUUUAAAAGUGUUAUUGGGUAUGGGUGAUUAAUGUGCAUUGCCUGAUGAAGGAGAUGAGAAUGCAGCUACUCAAGACGAACAAGAAUAUUAUACACCUGAAAAUUUGUUUGGGAAUUAGAUUUGGAUAGCAAACUUUUUUAUUUCUGCAACCACUCUUUUGAUUUUAUUGAUUAAACUAGUUGUCCUAUGUUUCUUAACCAAAAACAUUUACUUUAGCACUUCUCGUUUUGUUGCAAUAGCUUCGAAACCAGAAGAAAAGAAAUUUGUCGAUUGA